AUGGAGGCUCCGGUGAUGCAAAUGACCAUGUGCUUUGGCAGGGUGUCAACGCUCUUGUAUCCUACCGGAGGAGGGUGUAGGUUUCGAGCAGGUUAUCGCCGUCUCGCGUGCAUUGAUGAUUCUGACCGCUUCCUCUUCCCUGGGUUUCCUUCUGAACUAGGUGACUAUGGAUCAGGCAAUCACCACCGACUAUGGCUGAAACAUGGAAUCCAAUCAAGCUGGCGUAGUCACACAUAUCCUCAUACUAGUGAAGUAGAAUUUUUUCAGUUCCUCUGCUACCCAAGAUUCAUUCCUUGUUUGUGUUUGGAGGGGGGGAAGAAUCAUACCUACUGGGCAACCAACUUCACAGGGAUGAUGCCAAGCAGCCACUGUGAUUGGGUAAUAUCACUGCCUCGUGGGGCUGUUUCCAAACGGCGACCCACUCUUGACAGGCUUCCAAGCCUUCGAUUGCGGUUUCCUUUCGCUCAGGAUCUCGCACCCGAGAACUCCUUGCUACGAUCACACAGGCUGCUGAUGCAGUGUGAAGUGACCCUUGCUACCCCUUAUGCUUAUGUUUUACUGCACUAG